AUGGAUAGAGGAUAUGUUGCUACUGGGGUAAACUGUUAUAUGAAGCAGUAUGGUGUCACCGAAAAGGAAGCCAUUAGAGAGCUAACAAAAAUUGUUACAGAGGCUGAUAAGAUACUAAACGAGGAGUUCCUCAGCAAUAUCAGUGUACCACGCAAGGUAUGGAAAGCAGCCAUGGAUAUAGCCCGCACGGUCAAUAUCAGUUACAAUGGACAUGAUGAAUAUACCAACCCUGAUGGAAAAAUAAAGGAGUAUAUAACUUCUUUGUUCGUCAAUCAGAUCAGUCUUUGA